GGGAAAUACCGGUGACAGAAGAAACGUGCUCGUGUCCUACUUGAUUUUUUUUUUAAUGGAAACUAAAACAGACGUUCACAAACGUUACAUUUGUUCUUUUCCUGAAUGUUCAGCCGCAUAUAACAAGCAGUGGAAGCUCGACGCGCACUUAUGUAAACACACGGGCGUCAAACCGUUUCCGUGCGAGCAAAGCGGCUGCGGUAAGAGCUUCUGCGAUCGUUACCAUUUAGCCCGGCACGAGCUCACGCACACCGGCGAGAAGCAUUUCGUCUGCACCAUUGAAGGCUGUGAGGAGGCUUUCUCUACCAGGUCGAACCUCAACAGACAUGUCAGCCGCAAGCACAGCCAGGAGCGCAAGACGUAUGUCUGCACAUUUGACGGCUGCGGCCUGGGAUUCAGGAAAAACAAUCAACUGAAGCUGCACUUGUGCGAGAAGCAUACUCAGCUUCCGCUUUAUGCCUGCACCCAUGAAGGCUGCGAGAUGCGAUUUGCCGUUCCCAGUAAGCUGAAGCGUCACGAGAAGGUGCACAAAGGCUAUCCCUGUACGAAGGAGGACUGCACCUUCACUGGAAAGACCUGGACAGAGCUACUGAGGCACAAGAAGGAGUCCCACCAGCAUGUUGUAAAGUGUGAGCACUGCUCCAAGGUGUUCCGGGACUCCUGGUUCCUGCAGAAACAUCUACACGUCCACGAUGAAACCAGGAUUGUCUUCAAGUGCCCCAGAGACGGCUGCGACAGAUCAUACACCACAACCUUCAACCUUCAGAGCCACAUCAGAUCUUUCCAUGAAGGUCUGCGCCCUUUUGCUUGUUCCCACAGUGGCUGUGGGAAGACUUUUGCCAUGAGACAAAGUCUCCUCCGUCACAGAGUUGUGCACGACCCAGAGAAGAAGAAGCAGAGGAAACCUCGCCCCAAAAGAUCUCUGGCUUCCAGGCUGAGUGGCUACAGUGAGGCAAAAGGCACGAUCCGCAAAAAGCCAAAGCAGCCCAAAUCACAGGCAGACUCUCCAAAGAGCAACCAGAUGGGUUCUGUUGAGCUGGUUUCCCUCCUGCAGGAUGCAGCUUUGAUGUGCAGUUCUGCUGUGGAUGCACAAGAACUCGCUAACCCACUGACUGCACCUUUGACAGUGUAGUGAAGAACAAGUACAUGGUGGUGUCCUUCAAAAGUCUCUUUGCUCCGUUCAUUUGACUUGCUGGGUUUGUGUUCAUGCAACUUUAUAGACUAUAUAUGUUAAUGCAAACUGAACUAUGAAGAAUUAACCUAUUCCGUCCUCUGCCACUUGUGCAAUUUAUACUAAAAAAAUCUAUUUUGUCAAUUUGGGUUAAAACAAUGACAAAUAAAAGAAUUUCCUUUCAUUAUA